AUGGCGAGUCAAGCCAUCGUCGCGAUGCGCAUAUGCGCGCCUCCCGCCCUUGCGCCCUACAUGGGCGCGCGGUGGCGGAAAGCUCCCAAUACCCCGCAGUUCAGCACCGCCUUCGUCGUUCCCAUGCGGACGAAGCGCGUAACGCUGAGCUUCAGGCGCAACUGCCGUCGCCCGAUCUCCGCCAUCUUCCGCGCUCAGCGAGCGGGCGAGACGCGGCCAGGAGCGCGGUCGUGGAUGGAGCGCAUGGCGAAGGCGGCGGAGGAGAUGGCGCGCGGCGCGGAGCGCGCGUCGAAGGAAAUGGCGAAGGUGGCCGCGGCGACGCUGGAGAACCACAGCAAGGCCAUCGAAGCGGCGUCGCCGCUGCUGUCGCAGAUCGUGGGGGGAAACGAGAAGGCGACCAACUUCAUCGCGAAUCUCAUCGUUCCGCACGCCCCUGGAGCCUCCGCCAGCGGAUCUUCCGCCACCUCCCCGCGCUCAGCAGCUCCGCAGCAGUUGGCGGAAGACCAUCUGCGCGAGGUGUCCGAUGACGUGGUAGCCCACGUCAGCAUCAAGCCUGCCAACGUGGCGCCGAUGACGUCAUCGUUCACAUCCCCGUCAUUGGGCGACGAUGAUUCCGCUGCUGCUGCUGCGGCUAACGCGGAUCCUACCUCGGUCCCACUGGAAAUGCGCAAGGCGGGCGCGCACGUGCUGGAGGGGCGGGAGGAGCGCGGCGCAAUGCGCGCGGAGCUGCAGGCGCUGGAGGCGCGCAUGGACGCGGCUUCCGCGGCGGUGGAGGCGGCAAAGAGCCGCCGGGGGGAACUGCUCCAGGCGCACCCGGAGCUGCGGCAACGUGUGACCGACGUGGUUGAGGGGAAGGUCAUUCCACGCGCCUGUAGUCACCCCCCUCCCCCACCUUUCCCCCGUUCCCCCCAUUUUCCUCCGUUCUCCCCCAUUCCCCCCCGUUCUCCCCAGCUGCGGCAACGUGUGACCGACGUGGUUGAGGGGAAAGUCACUCCACGUGCCGUCACCGUCACCCCCACGGCUGUAGCGCCGUCCUCUCCGUCUAACGCGCCGUCUAAUGCGCCGGGCAACUCGGACGCGGAGGGAGAGGCGCAGGAGGAGUGGGAGGAGGCGGAGGAGGAGCAGGCGCAGGCGCAGGGGGGCGCGCACGGGGCCGCGCAGCAGGGGGUGGUGGCGGGGUCGGUGCAGGCGCUGCGGGCGGGGCGGCAUAGGCAGCGGGAGCGGCUGCAGCGACCGGGCGUUGAGAGGAGGCGACAGCACGCCGCUCAGGUGCGUCUGUCGGUGCUGCGCUCGCUGGCAGAGCGUCACGGUGUGCUGGCGCAGAGCACAGCCGCGCAGGCGACAACUGGACAGGCAGUAACUGCACAGGAGAGCGAGCCAGUGCAGGUCGCAAGGGAGGAGCCGCAGCAGCAGCAGCCUCAUCAGCCUGUGGUUGACACGGCAGCACUGUCCCCUGUGGAGCUGGAACUGGUCAAGGCGGAGGAGUCAUGGGACAAGUAUUUGGAGGCGGUUGCGUGGACCAAGGCUCGCCUGAACUCGCUGCGCUCGUCCGCGCCCUCCCCCUCCGCGGCGGCGCUGCUCAGCAUGGAGGCGCAGCUCGUGUCUUCCCUCGCGUUCGCGCAGCAGCGCGCGGACGAGGAGGCUGCGCGCGUGGCGCAGCUGUGCGCGCGCGUGGGCGCGGACGCGGGGGAGAGGCGGCGGAGCAGGGAGGAGGGGCUGCGGAGGGCCGCGGAGGCUGGGGCGAAGAUGGGGAAAGGCGCGGAGGGGGGGCCGGGAAACGGGGAGAGGGGGGAGCGGGAGGGAGAUGAGGGGAAGAGGGUGGUGAGUGGCGGCAGCAGUGGGGGGUCGUUGGCAGGGAUUGGCGACAUGAUGAGUAAGCUCGCCAACAUCCAGCCGAUGCUCGAGUCAAUGGCUGCUUCCCCUCUCCAUCUGCCCCUUCCAUCUGCCCCUUCCAUCUGCCCCUUCCAUUGCCCCUCCAUUUCUCAAACCCACACGCUCGAGUCAAUGGCCGCCUCGCCACCCUCCCUCGCACUCAAGGCCGCUCUCCCCUCGCUCUCCCCCGUCUCCCCCUCCUCCGCUUCAGCCCCCUCCCUCUCCCCCAUCUCCUCCUCCUCCUCUUCCCCCUCCCUCUCCCCCUCCUCCUCCCCCUCCUCCGCCGUUGCCUCCCUCUCCUCCUCCUCUCACACUCUCUCUGCCUUUCUUGCUUCCCUCAAGUCCCCUCGCUCCUCCCCUCAGCAGCAGCACGGAGUGGACGGAUUGGUCCGGGAGCUCGUCCUACAUGGCGCCAGUGAGGACUGGGCCCGAGGCUACAUCGCCGAAGCUCUGCUCCGGCCGAACGUGGCUGCACCCAAGCCUCUGGCUGUUGCCAUUGCAUCCGGGCCUCCCUCUCCCCGUGCUUCUGCUUCACACCACGAGUGUUCACAGCACGAGCUGCAGCAGUACGCACAGGCCAUCCGCAGUGCCUAUGUGGAUGCAUCCAUGAGUGCCUCUGAGCGCGAGGUCGGCACCAGCCUCUUUGUCGAGGAGCUGGCGGUGAUGGGGGCAAAGGAGGUGGAGCAGCGGGCGAGGGAGCUGGUGGCGAUGGGUGGCAAGGAGGUGGAGCAGUGGGCGAGGUCCUUUGUGGCUCAGUCGCUGGCCACAGAAGUGCGCAAGCGCAAGGUCGUGCGCGCUUAG